AGCUGCUAGGCAUGUAAUGGUGCCAAAUACUAUGUUUCCAGGGCAUAUUAGAGCCACACAAUGUACCACAGGAUUUAAUAGUGCUUCACUGUGCUGUCAGGAUAUAAUAGUGCCCCACACUACACUAAUAGGAUAUCAUGGGGCAACACACUGCUCUGCCAGGAUAUAAUAGUUCCACAUACUAUGCUGCCAGAACAUAAAAGAGCCUCACAAUGUUCCCAGGACUUAAUAGUGCCCACAUAAUUUGCCCCUGGAUAUAAUAGUGCCACACACUGAGCCACCAGGUUGUAAUAGUGCAAUACACUAAAUCCCUUGUAUGCAAAAGUGUCCUAGGGGCCUAAUGCUUCCAAAGCAUGACUUUCCCAUGCAGUGCUCCAAGUGCAGUCCCCAUCGUUCAUUGUGCACCAUGCACAGCAGUGAUUGGGUCACCAUAUUCCUUCCUACAUCUAUCCUUAUCAAUUGCUAGUCUGGCUUCUAAGAGGUCCUCCCCAAAGAUCUGCAGCCAUGAAGUGGGCCACUCUGAUUUGCUUGCUCCUAUGCAGCAUAGUUGCUGAGUCAAGACAUUUGCAAAAGAGGGAUACAGAUCAUCAUUCCAGGGUCAUUGGUGGAAUAUAUGCUACCGUAGGCAAAACCAACUUUAACCACUUAUUGCUGGUUAUGCUCUCUCAGAACUUCCAGAAAUGUUCACUUGAAGAACACGAGAAAGCAAUGCACGAGCUCUCCACCUUUGCUGAACAUUGUGUAGAUCAUGAAGAGGAUGAAGAAUGUAAAAAACCAAUGAUAACUAUAUUCCAUGAUAAAAUGUGUAAACAUCCAGAACUGGCAGAACGUUAUCCCUGGAGUGUAGAGUGUUGUGCCAAGGCAGAGCCAGAGAGGGAGAAGUGUUUCCAUGAUCAUAGAGAUGUUGACGAAGGGCCAUUUCAGAAGCCAGAUGCUGAAUCUGCAUGUAAACAACAUAAAGAAGACCAUGACCAUGCUCUUCACUACUACAUUGAAAGCAUUGGUAAGAGACAUUCAAACAUCUACCCCCCAGCAGUUCUGGCACUUGCGGCACAAUAUGACACUCUUAUCACCGAAUGCUGUCAAGCUGAAGAGAAGGAUAAAUGUUUUGAUGCCAAGUUCCCCGAUCUUGUAAAAACCACACUUUACAUUGAGUUUAAGCAAAAACAUGUUUGCCACAUUCUUGCCCAUUUUCCAGAUAGAGUCUACCAGGCCAUAAAAAUAGCCAAAAUCUCUCAGAAACAUCCUGCUGCUACUUUUGAUCUUGUGCAUAAAUACAGUGAUGAAUCUUUGCAUAUGAGUAAGGACUGCUGUAAAGGAGAUGUGGUGGAAUGUAUGAUUGAGAGGCUGGAAUACACACAACAUAUCUGUGACAAUCAUGAAAAGAUUUCACCCAACUUGAAAGUUUGUUGUGAAAAGCCUGUACUCGAGCGCACACCUUGCAUCAUGGCCUUACCUAAAGAUGACAUCCCAGCAGAUCUGCCUAAAGAGCUGCCGAAAGAAUUUGUAGAGGAUGAACAUGUGUGCGACCAGUUUAAAGAUCAUAAAGAUGUACACUUAGCCAAAUUUCUUCAUGAAUUUGCAAAAAGGCAUCCAGAAUUGUCUCUUCAAGCCCUUCUGAGAGUUGGUAAAGGCUACGAGGGCCUUCUUACAAAGUGCUGUGCAUCUGAAAAUCCUGUGGAGUGCUACAAGGCUGCGCCUCAACUGCUUGCAGCUGGAAUCAAAGAAAGCCAAGAUCUAGUAAAACAAAACUGUGACGCUUAUGAGCAUCUUGGACCUUAUGGUUAUAACAUUAUGUUGCUAGCCUGCUACGGUAAAAAAUUUCCACAGGCGUCAGAUGAGGCCCUUCUUCAUUUGACCGGUAAAAUGACAAAAUUUGGUGGCAAGUGUUGUGCACUUCCUGAGAACCAGAGACUGGCUUGUGCUGAAGAGAAGCUUGAUUUACUGUUAGGAGAAAUGUGUGAAAAACAAUCAGCUAAAUUCAUAAAUGACCAGGUCCGUCACUGUUGUGAUGACUCUUAUGCGGACAGAAGACCAUGCUUCACAAAACUUGGAGUUGACCCAUCUUAUCAACCACCAGCAUUUGAUGAAAGUGCCUUUAAAGUUGGUGCCGAUAUCUGUGAAGGUACAGAACAGGAACAGCAAAGCAAAAGACUUACAUUACUUAUUCAUGUCUUAAAACUGAAGCCUGACAUCUCAAAAGAAAAACUUAAGGAGACUGUUGAGGAAUUCAGAACAGUGAGGGAGAAAUGCUGUGCCGCACCAGAUCAUCAAGUUUGCUUUGACCAAGAGAGACCAACUGUUCUUCUGCAUUUGAAGGAAGUGUUAGGACACUAACAUAUAAGAGACUGCAGCCUCACUGAGGAGUAAGACUGAAAACCUGUAACAUCCGAACAUUAAUACAACUUAAAGAAGACUCAAAUAAAAUAUACUCUGAGCUAUUUUACAACAUGAAAUAAAGCUCUUGUGAAUUAAG